UGGUAGCCUCGAGCAAGCAGUCGUCGCUGUGAAGAUGGCAACGGAUUGGCUUUUCGUUCUCGCUGUUUAUAUCUUCCCACCAGCAGCAGUCUGCUUACUCUUCCUAUUGAUAUUCCUGCUGGUCAAGUAUUACAGACAGACACUCAGGAUGAAGAGCUACAACGAGUUUCUUGUUUUAACGCAGAUCAGAGCUCUCUACAAAGAGUUCAUUUUUGAGUCCGUGGAUCGGAGUCAACUUCUCUCCCCAGCCGCUAUAAAGAAACGCAGCCGAAUUGCAUCACAGCGUCGAAAACGAACGGCACGACCGAGUGCUAUCGUCCUGAACGAGAACGUCAGCAUUGUUCCCGAUGACUUAAAGAUCAGGUUCGAUCAGUUGAGCAUGGGAAAAGUGCUCGGACAAGGUGCUUUUGGCCGAGUCUACCAAGCCGUACUCAAGGAUUCCUCCCCUAGCGGCACGCAGAGCACAGUGGCAGUCAAAACUGUACAAGAUACAAGUGACCCUUAUCAAAUCAUCAAAUUUCUGGAGGAAGGAUUAAUUAUGAAAACCUUCGAUCAUCCAAACGUACUGGGGCUGUUGGGAUUGACCUUUGAUCCGAAGGAGCAGCCACUUAUCGUGAUUCCAUUCAUGGCAAACGGUGAUCUCAAGACUUUCUUAACGAAGCAAAAGCAGAGGGUGAGCAACUCUCAGCUUAUACAGUUCGCUUAUCACGUGGCCCUUGGAAUGGAAUAUCUGGGUCGGCAGAGGUUCGUCCACAGGGAUUUGGCGGCCAGAAACUGCAUGGUCGAUGACAAGCUUGUCGCAAAGAUAGCGGAUUUCGGCUUGUCCAGAGAUCUGGACGAGUCCAAUUACUACACCAGCGGGGACAAACAGGCCAAGUUACCCAUCAAAUGGAUGGCACCAGAGUCAAUGGAACGCAUGAAGUACAGCUCCAAAACUGAUGUGUGGUCGUACGGUGUACUUCUGUGGGAAAUAUUUUCCCGCGGAAAGAAGCCCUAUCCUAACAUCAACAACAAGGAUAUCUACCCGUAUCUCAAGGAGGGUGGGCGGAUGAGUCCACCCAAGUUUUGCCCUACAAAGAUAUCGAAAAUUAUGCAGGAUUGCUGGAAGGAUUCGUCCAAGAUGCGUUGCACCUUCGGACAAAUAGUAGAAAAAUUGGAAGAUUUGAUUGCAAGCGAACCUGGCAGUUUUUCUUCAUCGAGUGUUCCGCCAAUCUGUCCGCGCCGUCCACCGCGCGCGCGCGUGGAACGCGCAGGGCGGGACGCAGACGCAGAGGCCGGCAGCGAAGACGACCAGAAAAUUAACGACCAAACUACGGAACUUAAACAUACUUACGUGAACUUUGGACCUCGGUCUAUCAGCGAGGGGUAUGGGAGAGCGCUAGCAGCGAAGACCCUCGGGAAAGCUUGCCAAGAGGUAGGGAUUGGUGAAAGUACCGACCGAGGUAGCAAUCUGAUCCCCAUGGAAACUAUGGAAAGUGGCGAAGAGGGAAACAUGGAAAGUAAUGUUGCAGGUGAUGUUGAGGCUGGGGGAAACAAGGAUGUAAAAGGUGGCAUUGCAAAUGAUGGGUAUGAAUAGGUGUUCACAUUGCCUUUACUGCAGGCUGUAACUUCAAGCUCAUGAGGUAAGCCCCACAUUAUUUUGUUCGGGGCUAGGCCUUUUUGCCAAACAUAUAUAGCUCAACUUGUUGCUUUAUGAAGAACUUUAAUAUGUGUCUAUACUUUUCAGUAAAGUUUGAAUAUA